GAAGAUUUUGCUGCUCUGAUAAAAGGAGAUCAGAGAAAUGGAAAUCUCUUACUGGGAGGAUGACGAGAUUGGGAGAUCCCCAACAGCAGAAUAAGAGAUGACUUCUUUUGCGUUCAGUGCCACUGAAGAGGAGGUGGUGUCCUCGCAACCAUAGGAGCAGAUGAUGUACAGGAGAGGGAGCAUGGGGGAGAAUUGUAUGGGACCUCAUCAGAAAGAAUGGACAAGGAAAGCACAGAACAGAACUUGCACAAUCAAGAUGUGCCAAGGAGGCAAGAAGGAAAUGAACAGAAAAGGGAUAAAUCUGUAAUCUGGUAUAUCUGUUCAGAGUGUGGAAAAUGCUUCAAUUGUGGAGCCACAGAACAUCAAAGAAUCCACAAAAACAAGAACUUGAGCAAUCAAGAUGGACCAAGGAGGCACAAGGGAAAUGACACAGAACACAGGAGGGGUCUAGGUGGAAUACCCCUCAAACCAGAAGAACCAGAAAAGAGAGAUGAGGAUUGUCCUGGUGCUCAAUUGAGAAUCUCUAAGGAUGAACAACCAAAUCAAAGCUCACUGUCUUGGGAAAGCACUGCUGGAUUUGCGACAGCCCACAUAGAAAGAGACUUUCAGGAGACUGAGGGUGAGGGAGAGCCGUGUGAGAUACUGUCUGAAGGACCUCAGCCUGAAGAGGUAAAAGAUAACUUGCGGUUUCAAGAUGAGCGAAGGAAGCAAGUAGGAAGCCACACAGAGGAGAGGAGGGAAAAUGCCUCUAAGUCUCCAGCCCUCCCCACAGAGGAAAAACCACAUAAAUGUGCCAUGUGUGGAAAGAGCUUUGAUAGAAGCUCUGGUCUUCUUAGACAUGCAAGAAUUCACACAGGAAAGGCACUUUUUCAGUGUGACAUAUGUGAAAAAAGCUUCAAACAGAGUUCAAACCUUAUCUCCCACCGAAGAACCCAUACUGGUGAAAGACCUUAUGUAUGCCUACAAUGUGGAAAAGGCUUCAAACAGAGUUCAGACCUUAUUAUACAUAGAAGAAUCCAUACUGGAGAGAAGCCUUAUAAAUGCCCGAAGUGUGAACUGAACUUCAGGUCCAACUCUAAUCUUAAAGCACAUCAGAGAACCCAUAAAGGGGAGGAGCAGGACUGUGCCACGAACUAGGCAUCAAGCCUUACUUAAUCCUAAAACUGUCCACAUUGAAGAGAAACGUUUGAAUGCUCAAAGCAUCAAUGAAGUUUGUUUCAGCACAAGCCUUACAAUACAUCAACUAAGCCGUAUAGCAGAGAGACCAUAUAAAUUCUCAAACUGCAGCAAGUUCUGUGAUGAUUAAUCAAAUUAAUGCGCAUAAGAGAAUUAAGACUACAAAGAGCUCAUGUGAUAACUGCUUGGAGCGUGGAAACUGUUGUAGUGUUUGUAGUACACACUUUUUUCAUGUCAAAGAACUCAUAGGGGAGAAAUUCUCAUCGGAAACUCCCACUACUUGUAGCUGACAAGAUGGGGUUCUGCCUUGAAGUCCUUGAGUUUCUAGGAAGGCAGUCAAUUGAAACAGUGCCUUUUUAUGUGGUUACCUUAUGUGGAACUCCCUAGCCUUGCCUAAGCUUUUAUGGGUCUUAAGUGAUUUUAAUUCUUUUAGUGGAAUAAUUUUGACAAAGUAUAUUUAUUCAGUUAAUGGUGGCCUUAAAUGCCUAUGGGAGGAAGUAGUCAAAAGGGAUGGUAGAUGUGGCUAUGGAGGGAAGUUGAAUAAGCAGAGAAGAGAGACUGAGGGGGUGGGGGAGAUGGUCCAAAGGUUUCUGUUAUCUCCGUUCUUCCAUGGGCAGGUAAAUCACUCUCUUGGUUGUUUCUCCAUUUUAAAUUCAUCUUUUAUUUGGUAAUUGCUUAUGUAAGUAUGAAUGUGUUUGCUAUAUUUGCCAAUAAAGUCUUGUGUCUUUUU